AUGAAUCACGAUCCUUUCGAGUGGGGACGGCCCUCAGAUGCAGCCUAUGGUAAAUAUAAUUCGAAAAUUGCAGAGGCAAGUCCAUAUCCCAGCAUGCACACACAGCAACCCAUUGUGACAGGUACGUCAGUAAUCUCAAUGAAAUACAAUGGUGGUGUAAUCAUAGCAGCAGAUAAUUUGGGAUCUUACGGCUCUCUACUGCGCUUCAACGAUGUAGAGAGACUAUUCCCGGUAGGACGAAACACUGUGGUAGGCAUCUCCGGAGAUAUAUCAGACAUGCAGCAUUUAGAGUACCUGCUGGAGGAAAUGCAAACAGAAAAUAACUAUGAUAAUCAGUACGCAGAUGAAGAGGAGGCGCUCAGACCGAGCUACGUCUUCGAGUAUCUGGCCAACGUGAUGUAUAGCCGCAGAUCCAAGAUGAACCCAUUGUGGAACGCCCUUAUUGUAGCUGGCUUGGAGGAUGAUAAACCUUUUUUGAAGUAUGUUAAUCUGCUUGGCGUUACUUACUCGGCUCCUUCACUCGCCACUGGCUUCGGGGCACAUUUGGCGCUCCCUCUGCUGAGGAAAGUAGUAGAUGCCGACAAGGAUGUGGAAAAUACCAGCUUCGAGACGGCCAAGAAGUCGAUUACGGAUGCCAUGAAGGUCCUAUUCUACAGAGAUGCGCGAUCUUCAAGAAAUUACUCGCUCGCGAUUAUCGAUAAGGAGAAGGGUCUAGUUGUCGACAAAAAGGCUAGGGUGGACGAUAUGGUCUGGGGUUUCGCCAAGGACAUUAGAGGCUACGGUACCCAGAAAGUGUAA